GUGUUUGGGCUAAUCACAUCAUAUCGCAUGCACAGUCAUAAUUGUUGAUUUUAGUUUUUAAAUAGGCCAUCCUUUCCCACUAUAUUCAUCCAGCAAAUAAACUGACAUAGCAAGGCGAAUAGGUAGUAUGGGUGAUAAUGGUGCCAUCGAUUACCUUAGGCUUCCAUCUUUCAUGAAGAAGUUCUCGGAAGACACUAGCUUGAAUGAGUUGCGCCUUCCACCGGAAUUUGUGGCUCUUCAUGGAGCGAAUAUCCCUUUCGACUGUCGCCUCGUGAUGCCGCGGGGAAGGAGUUGGCCUGUUCGUCUGCUGAAGAUAGCGAGUGGGUGUCACUUCCACGCUGGCUGGUCAGACUUUCGGAUCAUUCACAACAUUGUGCACGACGAUUUCCUUACCUUCACUAUGGUCGACGAUGGUAUAUUCCAUGUCAAAAGGUAUAACCCGCGGACCGGCUGCCCUCCAAUUGGGGAUGUUCAAGCCAUUGUACCCGGUGAGUCCGAUCACAGUGACGUCCCAGAUGUUGAUACGUCGGACGACUAUGUGCCAUCUGGAACAGAGGGUGACUCCUCGGAUGACGAUGACUAUGCUCCCGACCAGGGGGUUGUAGAUGACGAUGGCUGCCCGAUGUUCACCGUUACGCUUGAUCCGUCGAACAUCAACCGCACGUUAGAGAUUCCAUUCGCCUUUUGGAGGCAGCACAUUCGCAUGAUUGCCCUGAAUGACCCUGUUUACUUUAAUGUGAACGGAGACAAUUGGUACAUUGUGCUCGACCACAAUGAUUCUAAAAUUUGGGUGAAACGCGGGUGGAGAAGGUUCAAAUAUGGUAACAAUUUGGUCGUAGGUGUUCGCUGCCAUUUCAAACUAAUUGACCGGAAUGACGUCCAGUUUUAUGUGUGGUUUGAUCGCCCGUAGGUUGGCAGAUUGUCGGUGGUCUUUGACGAUAUUGUGUUGCUUAUUAUGUAGCUUGUUGUGGGGUGAUUAUAGUUCACCAAAUUUUCUCUUUCGGAUUGUUAGAAUUGCUAUGGUAGUUUGCUAUGUAUGGGAGUCUGUAUGUGACGGUUUUACACAAUUAAUCUCA